UGUUCAAAAUUGAUAAUAUGAUUGCAGAAGACAUGAGGCGGAUGCUGCAAGAUAAGGAGCAGCUUGAGUCGGAAGUGUUGGGGCUACGAGCCGAGCUGCAGCAGCUGCAGACCCUCAGUCAGAACCAGAAGUCUGAGAUACAGAGCUUGCAGCUACUUGUUAAUGAGACAGUGGAGGCGUCGUCGUCCGGGACGGAGGAGGUGCGCCGCCUCGUCGCCAGGAACCUGGAGCUGGAGCAACAGCUCAAUCUGCUCAGGCAACAACAACAGGUUAAUUAAUGAACUCUUCUAUAUGUUAUACUAAUGUUGUCACUUAUUCAUAGGUACAAUAGGACCAUGUUUUAUAAAUAGAGAUGAUGCCUGAUGCAGAUAACAGGCAUUAAAGUUGAGGAGUGGGGGCUCACUUCAUCGCAGAUUUGUAGAAAAUAUACUAAAGCGUGACGUCACGCGACAUUUUAACUCUAAUGUAUCGCCGUAAUUUAUUGAUUACGCAAAAAAUAAAAAAUAAGUGAUUAAUAUUUUUCAAAAAUCUACCUGACGGACAAGCAAAAAAAUAGCACCGAUACACUGGGUAGAAGUUUCAUAUUUAAAAUUAGA